AUGCACACCCAAAGCCAAGCCUCUUUCUUCGCCAAACUGCCCCCAGAGGUGCGGGCGCAAAUCCAGAUUGAAUACCUCGCUGAAUACCUGCGACAUGCCCCACUACACCGAGAGCACAACAGACCAUCAUACCUGUACUCGGCCUCCUCAGCGCCAAUCUCCAGCCUGUCCCUAUCAUGCAAGCGAAUGUCCAAGGAGAUGCGCCAGAGCCACGAGCCCGUGGGGGUGGGCAGGCGGUUCGCCCUCUUCCUCGCCACGAGCAACGCGCAGAGCGUGCUGGUGUCCGAGGGGAAGCCCCCCGAGUGGCCCCUCAUCCGUCACGUCCGCUUCGUCAACGAGAUGGACUGCUUGUCCAAGCAUGUGUGGCACUCCUACCAGCUUAGGAGGGACUUUGUCCAGGUGCUCCGCGACGCGACGCGCCUGGCCGAGCUCGAGCUCGAGUGGAAUCCCCGGAUGAGCAUCCUGCUCGACGACGGCUACGUCACGGACGGGCAAAUCAUGAACGAAAUGAUGAAGGGAAUUAGAUCGUGCCCUAAGCUGCGCACGCUGCGACUGAGAGGCCCCUUCCCUAGAAACUGGACGAACCCUGAACCGGAUGCCUUGCCGGGUGUGGAGACGAUCGUAGAGCCUAUCGCCAUGUGGCCAAAACGAGAGGGAGAGGAGGAAGAGAAAGAAGAGGCGCGGAGGAGGAAGGUGCAAUCUAUAGCUGAAAACAAGGCAAGGCUGGCUGCCCGGGCUGAGGAAAGGGUACGAGCUGAGGAAAUCCGCGAUUCGACCAGAUGGCAGAGGUUUCAACGAAAGCUCGACUCUUGGAAAGGCAAGAAAUAG